CGACUCAGGCUGCGCGGCGAGUCGGUCACAAAAUUUGUCUACACUUUUACAUUUGGUUUCCCAAAAAAAAAAAAAAUAUAUAUAUAUAUAUAUAUAUAUAUAAAAGUCAACAAAAAAAAAUGUAAAAAAUUUUAUUAUCAUGCCCGUCACCUACAGGAUUCGCACACUGCCGCAACAGCGGAAGUUGGUCCCCAACCUACUGAGGUCCAUACUACACGUCCUGGAGGAGACGCGCCGACCCAUGAGUGACACAGAGUUGAACUUCGUCCUGGGCAUCCAGUACCGACGCAACGAUCCGGAGUUCUAUCGCCAAGUGCAAGUCAAUCUGCGCGAUGGGGUCGAAUAUGGCAUUCUGAAGCGCCAGGGAAACCAGUUUUCGCUGCGAUCCCGACGCCUGGCAGAACUGGUGUCUACUCUUGGAUCCUCGCCAAACCGAUGAACUUUGGGAUAUAUUCGGAAACAGAGCGUACACAUACAGAAUAUAACAGAA